GGCGGCAGCGGCGACGGCGGGCGGCUCUGCAGCUGCCUCGCGCGGCCCGGCGGGCAUCGCUGUCGGGGCCGCGGCGUCUCUCAGCCUCGGGCUGGCCCCCCGCGGCCUCGGGCUGCCCAUGGGGCGCGGGGGACCGGGCCGGUGACGCCGGACGCCCAUGGACGCCCCUGAGGAGCCGCUGCCGCCGGUGAUCUACACCAUGGAGAACAAGCCCAUCGUCACCUGUGCUGGCGAUCCGAAUUUAUUUACCUCUGUUUACCCGACGCUUUCCCAGCAGCUGCCGCGGGAGCCGAUGGAGUGGAGGAGGUCCUAUGGCCGGGCUCCAAAGAUGAUUCACCUAGAAUCCAACUUUGUUCAGUUCAAAGAGGAGCUGCUGCCCAAAGAAGGGAACAAAGCCCUGCUCACGUUCCCCUUCCUCCACAUUUACUGGACGGAGUGCUGUGACACCGAAGUAUAUAAGGCUACAGUAAAAGACGACCUCACCAAGUGGCAGAACGUUCUGAAAGCUCAUAGCUCUGUGGACUGGUUAAUAGUGGUGGUUGAAAAUGAUGCCAAGAAAAAAAACAAAACCAACAUCCUUCCCCGAACGUCGAUUGUGGACAAAAUAAGAAAUGAUUUUUGCAAUAAACAGAGCGACAGGUGUGUCGUGCUCUCCGACCCCUUGAAGGACUCCUCCCGAGCUCAGGAAUCCUGGAAUGCCUUCCUGACCAAACUCAGGACCUUGCUGCUUAUGUCUUUUACCAAAAACCUCGGCAAGUUUGAGGAUGACAUGAGAACCUUGAGGGAGAAGAGGACGGAGCCCGGCUGGAGCUUCUGUGACUACUUCAUGGUGCAGGAGGAACUUGCCUUUGUUUUUGAGAUGCUGCAACAGUUUGAAGACGCCCUGGUGCAGUAUGAUGAACUGGACGCCCUGUUUUCUCAGUAUGUCGUCAACUUCGGUGCCGGGGAUGGUGCCAACUGGCUGACUUUUUUCUGCCAGCCGGUGAAGAGCUGGAAUGGAUUGAUCCUCCGAAAGCCCAUAGAUAUGGAGAAGCGCGAAUUGAUUCAGAGGCAAGAAGCCACCCUGUUAGAUCUGCGCAGUUACCUGUUCUCUCGCCAGUGCACCCUGCUCCUCUUCCUGCAGAGGCCAUGGGAGGUGGCUCAGCGCGCCCUAGAGCUGCUGCACAGCUGUGUGCAGGAGCUGAAGCUCCUGGAAGUGUCUGUCCCGCCUGGCGCUCUGGACUGCUGGGUGUUCCUGAGCUGCCUGGAGGUGCUGCAGAGGAUCGAGGGCUGCUGCGACCGGGCGCUGAUAGACUCGAACAUCGCCCACACGGUGGGCCUGUGGAGCUACGCCACCGAGAAGCUCAAGUCCUUGGGGUACCUGUGCGGACUUGUGUCGGAACAGGGACCUGACUCAGAAGACCUCAGUAGGACAGUUGAUCUCUUGGCGGGCUUGGGGGCCGAGCGACCAGAGACAGCCAACACAGCUCAGAGUCCUUACAAGAAGCUCAAGGAAGCGUUGUCAUCCGUGGAAGCUUUUGAAAAACACUACCUAGACUUGUCCCACGCCGCCAUCGAGAUGUACGCCAGCAUCGGGAGGACUCGGUCUGCCAAGUUCCUGGGGAAGGACCUGGCCGCGUUUCACAUGAGGAAAGGGUCUCCUCAGAAGGCGGAGGCCUACCUGCAAGGGGCCUUGAAGAGUUACCUGGCCGAGGGCUGGGCCCUGCCCGUCACCCACACGAGGAAGCAGCUGGCCGGGUGCCAGAAGCACCUUGGACAGAUCGAAAACUACCUUCAAACCAGUAGCCUUCUGGCCAGCGACCAGCACCUGCCUGAGGACGAGCGCGAGUACUUCUGCAGAGAGAUUCUGAGCUUCGCCAGCCAGCAGGCGGAUAGCCCAGGUCACAGGGUCGUGCUGCCCAUGCACUCUCUGGCACACCUGAGAGCGCUCCGCUUCAGCCCCGCCUCCGCGGUGGUGCACGUGGGCGGGGCCCUGGCCGUGGAGAUGACGGUGUGCAGCCGGAUGCCCGUGCCCGUGCCGCUGGAGCAGCUCGCCGUCAGCGUCCACUUCAGCAUCGAGAAGGGCAGCGGCCGGAAGUCUGCCGAGUGGCCCACCAAGCACGGGGCGGCCAGCGGCACCAUCAGCUUCCCGCCGGAGCCCUCGGCUCUGCCCGCGUCCCAGAGCAGCCUGCCCGCGCUGGAGCUGCACGAGGUGUUCGAGCGGAGUCCCUCCGACAACUCCCUGAACACGGCAGGGAUCAUCUGCAAGAACGUCCACGUGCUCCUCAGGAGGCAGGAGAGCGCCGCGGCCCUGGAGACGCCCUCCGGCCUGGCCCUGGAGGACGGCGCCCACGUGCUGAGGUGCUCCGGGGUGACCCUGCAGCCCGGGGCCAACACCGUGACGUUCAGGACGCAGGCCAAGGAGCCUGGCACCUACACGCUGCGACAGCUGCGCGCCUCGCUGGGCCCGGUGUGCUUCGUGCUCCCCCACAUCUACCCGCCGGCACAGUACGACGUGUACUCCCAGGAGCCGCAGCUGCACGUGGAGCCGCUGGCCGAUAGCCUUUUGGCUGGCAUUCCUCAGAAGGUCAAGUUCACUGUCACCACGGGCCAUUAUACAGUAAAAAACGGGGACAGCCUCCAGCUCAGCAACGUAGAAGCCAUGCUUAUCCUGUGUCACGCAGAGAACAGAGCCGUGAUCUAUUCCAACACGCGAGAAAAGGCUUCCGACGCGUCACUGCGGAUUCAGUCGUCCGACAAGGUCACAAGCAUCAGUCUGCCAGCGGCACCUGCGUAUCACCUGAUCGAAUUUGAACUGGAAGUUCUCUCUUUACCUUCAGCUCCGGCAGCUGGAGGGGAGAGCACCGUGCCGGGGAUGACCGAGCCCCCCAGGAAGCACAAGGACACACAGAAAGCCGGCCCCUGCAUGGCUACCACGGAUCACAAAGUGUCCAUUGACUGCCCGUGGUCCAUCUACUCCACCGUCAUCGCCCUGACCUUCCGCGUGCCCUUCGGGACCUCGCACGCCCUGCUGUCGGCCGGGACGCGGAAGUACGUGCAGGUGCGCGUCCAGAACUUGUCAGAGCUUGACUUCCAGCUGGCAGAUGCUCGUCUCGCAGACACCGCCGAUGGCCCGGACCUGCGACUGGUGCCGCUGAACACGGAGCCCCGGCAGCGCAUCCACAGCAAGCAGGCCGUGUUCUUCGUCUGGGAGCUGAAGUGGACCCGGGAGCCGCCCCCCUCUCUGCACUGCCGGUUCUCUGUCCGGUUCUGCCCAGCUUCGGAAGAGCAGCUGUCCGUCUCCUUAAAGCCCUAUACUUACGAAUUUCAAGUGGAAAAUUUUUUUACCCUGUACAGUGUGAAGGCCGAGGUCUCGCCACCCGCAGGGACGGAGCACUGCCGGACGGGCGCCCUCUGCUCCCUGGAGGUGUGCAUCACGCGGCUCUCCGGCCUCCUGGAGGCAGAUCAGGAUGAGGCGCUGACGGGCUCCGACGAGUACUUUUCCACGAAGCUGAUGUAUGAAGUGGCUGCUCAGUUGGGUGCUGCCUUGGGCAUCACGACUCUCCGUGUGGCUGUGCCCCGGGAGGCACCAGUUGUGGACAACAGCAGCAACUGGGCGGUGUGCGGGAAGAGCUCCGGCGUCAUCUCCAUGCCCGUGGCCGCGCAGGCCACGCACAGGGUCCACAUGGAGGUCCUGCCGCUCUUCGCGGGCUACCUGCCCCUCCCCGACGUCAGGCUCUUCAAGUACCUCCCGCACCACUCCGCGCACGCCUCGCAGCUGGACGCCGACAGCUGGAUAGAGAACGACAGCCUGUCGCUGGACAAGCACGGGGACGACCAGCCGGACAGCGGCAGCCUCAGGAGCAGGGGCAGCGUGCACUCGACCGCCAGCAGCGAGCACAAAGGCCUGCCCAUGCCCCGGCUGCAGGCGCUGCCCGCGGGCCAGGUCUUCAACUCCAGCGCGGGCACCCAGGUCCUGGUCAUCCCCAGCAGAGACGACCACGUGCUCGAGGUCAGCGUCACGUGACGGCGCCCGGGCUGCCAAGUCCCCAGGCCGGGCGCGCCUGCACUGGAAGGGGCCCCGCCUCGCCUGUUCUCCGUUGUCACCUUCCAGCUGUAGGCAGACUUCCGGUGGUCCCGCCUGGCCGUGGGGGCAGCAGGGAGCGUCCUGGACAGCUGGUCGGCUGAGCUGCGUCUUUGUUCUGGUGUUGUCUGGGCUGGAAGGCUCCUGGCUGCUUUCUCGUCUCCCGUCCCUGCGCUGCUUGGCCCCUGCCACCCUCACCCCUGCUCACGGACCGGCUUGCCCGUGGCCUCUCACCAGAGCAGCCUGGCCUGUCGCCUGCCGGUUCUUCCUGCGAGGCCGAGUGUCUCUCAGGGCGACGGGCAGCAGGGCCUGCAGUCUUGCCCGGUGUCUGAGCGGGCGGAUCUGUAAGUCUCCCGAGGGGGAAACCGCCGUCUUUUACCCCAGCCCAUCCAGUUGUGCUUUUCUAGAGGAACCCCUUUCUGGGCAGGUGGGUGGGGCUGAGGGUGGGGUGGGGAGAGAACAAACCCCUUCUGUGCCUUGGGAUGUGAAACUGGGCGGUCCUGGAGCAUCCGUUAGCUGGAGCCAUUUAAAGGUACUUGAAGACGGCGAGGCGGGGGCCUGAGACACACGCACGCCUUGGCGCGGGAGUCACUGAGGAAUGCGUGUUUCUGGAGCCCGUCCUCCCCCCUCCCUCUCCUUGAUGAGGUAUCGGAUGCACUUGGAAUUAGACACAUGUUUAUUUUAAUGACCAUCGUCUAUGUGGGGGUUAAUGUGUUGUGUUGUUUCCCCCUCACCUUUAAAGUCUUUCCGUGUAACUGUAUAAUCUCUAUUUUUCUUUUGCACCUUAAGUCUCCGCAAUUAAGAGGUUCCGUUUCGGUGCAGCAGGGAGGGGCCCCCUCUGUGUGCGUCUGGUCUGGUGGCGGGAAGGACGGCGUCUCGGACCCUGCUCUGCUGUCCGCCAAGCUGCAGUCACGCCGUAUCCAUGAUUAAUUUGCUUUAGGUUGUAAAUUUAAUUGUACAUAUGGUUGAUUUAUUAUUUUUAAAAGCACAGACUAACUGAUGUGCUGUUUAUGUAUAAGUUGCACCAAAAAUCAAGGACAAAAUAAAUGUGUGUUUGUUUUUA